GGGCAGGUGACACCGCGCUGGGUUGCUCGGGCUCGGCGGGCGCGGGGCGGGCGGCAGGAGCGCGGCGGCCAUGCACGUCAAUGGGAAGGUGGCUCUGGUCACCGGCGGGGCGCAGGGCAUCGGACGGGCUUUCGUACAGGCGCUGCUGGGCAAGGGCGCCAAGGUAGCUCUCCUGGACCGCAACUCCGAGGCCGGACAGGAGAGCAAGGCGGCCCUGGACGAACAGUUUGAAGCGCAAAGGACGGUGUUCAUCCAGUGUGACGUGACGGAUCAGGAGCAGCUGAAAGAUGCUUUCAAAAAAGUAAUUGAACAUUUUGGAAGGCUGGAUAUUGUGGUUAAUAAUGCUGGAGUGAACAAUGAGAAGGACUGGGAAAGCACUAUACAAACUAACUUGACAUCUGUGAUUAGAGGAACCUACCUUGGCCUAGAAUACAUGAGAAAAGGAAAUGGAGGCAAUGGAGGAGUAAUCAUUAAUAUCUCAUCCUUGGCAGGACUCAUGCCUGCUGCAUUUCAACCAGUGUACUGUGCUACAAAGCAUGGUGUAAUUGGAUUCACACGAUCAAUAGCAUUAGCUGCUAAUAUGGACAACCACGGUGUAAGACUCAACACAAUUUGUCCAGGAUUUGUCAACACACCAAUUCUUCAGUCAAUAGAUAAAGAAGAGAAUAUGGGACAAUAUUAUUCAUAUAAGGAUGAGAUAAAAAAUAUGAUGCAGUUCUAUGGCGUAAUGGACCCAUCAACAAUUGCUGAGGGACUGAUAACAAUAAUUGAAGACGAUACUCUAAAUGGAGAAGUAAUGAAGAUUACAGCAUCCCAAGGGAUUCAUUUUCAGCAAUACGGCCAAACACCUUUUACAUCAUCAAAGAGAUAAAGAAUUGUUUUGUGCUAAUUCCUCCUGGCUUAUCUUAAAUAUAAAAAGUUUUGAAAAGAGUAAUUUUGGGGAAAAGGGUUAAUGUUUUAUCUAGAGCAGUGACAGUGUUCAAACGUUUGCAUCCUAAUAACAAAGAAAUGGGCAAGAAAAUCUGGUGUGGGAAGAUGUUACCACCCUAUUCUGAUUAUAAAAACACUAAGAAGAUUAUUUAUUUAGUAUAAUAAACACACUGCUCUGAA